CCGGGCGGAACGCAAGAUCUCGAGUGUUUACGACAUCCCUGGGGCAUCUCUGCGCUGCUCGAUAGCAACAACAGCACUUGAAGUAUGGCGGCGACCAUCUCGAGGCAGCUCGAUGCCUGCAACCUAUCCGACAUGCCAGACAAGCCAGCAACAGAGGCUUCUGCGGACUCACAUGGCACCAUGCCCUUUAGCACGGCUCAGAGCAGCGCCGUCCAAUACAUCCCGUCGUUAUUGGACAGCGAAGACAUCGCCGCGGUCUUUGCGUUAGGCGCGGAAAUGAGCGACGAGCUCCAAUGGGUCAAUUUCGACCAUUCGAGCGCGGUCACGUACCUGCAUCGAGGCGACAUGUUCGGCCAGCGCUGCCCAGUGGUCAAAGAAAAGCUCCGCCUGGCGGCCGUCGCCGCGGAACGCGCCCUCUACGGUAACGGGAAGCGACGGAAGCUCACGUUCCGCUGCGUCGAGCUCCACCGGUCGACGAGGAACGGGGGCCUGCCGGAGAAGGAGCACUACGACCGCGGCUCCGUCGUCACGGUCGACGUGCGGCUCUCGCCCGAAGGCGCGUUCUCGGGAGGGGAAUUUAGAACGGUUGAAGCCGACGGGUCCGUCAAAGGCCACGGCGCGUCGUUCGCGCAGCCUGGAAACGCGAUGGCCUUCGCGUCGCACAAGCGGCACCACGUCGCACCUGUCGAGACCGGCGAGCGCUUCGUGCUGGUCGCUGAGUUUUGGACGGGCGAGGCGCGCGUGUGCGGUCACCGAUGCACGCAGCGGCGCGGCCUCUGCGACGCGAUGCUGGUCCGGGCCGACGAGGCCCAGGCCGUCGCGACGGACUGCUUCUUCGCGCUGCUCGACGCGGACGCGCUCGAGGCGGUCCACUCGCUUGAUGACGACUCGAGCGGCUGCGAGUAGUAGUAAGAGGCCUAUUUUAGACGAGGGCGAAGCGAAC